GCUUUGGGGGCACCGUCUGACUUUUCCCCCCCCUCCUUCCUCAUUGCUCCCCAGCGCUGCCGCAGGACACGGUGCUGGGCCGCCCCGGAGCCAACGUGACGCUGCUGUGCCGGGAUCCGGAGCCGCCCAACGGCACCGUGCUGUGGUCCGGGAGGAGGCGGGCGUUGGGGGGGGGCAACGAGCUGCUGCUGGAGGGGCUGCGGCCGGAAGACGCCGGGCGGUACAGCUGCCACCAGGGGGGUCACACAUUGCGCACCGUGCGUCUGCUGGUGAAGGUGGGUGCGCGAUGGGGGGGCCGCUUUGGGUCCGGGUCUCCCCGCAACCCCCCCCAGCACCUCACUGCCCCGCAGAGCCCCCCGAACCCCCCCGCGUCUCCUGCUCCCGGCGCAGCCACGACAAAGAUGUGCUCUGUGAGUGGCGGCCGCGCGCAUCGCCGGCUCCGGGCACGCGGGCGGUGCUGUGGAUGAAGCGCAGAUUCACAGCGGAGAACGUGACAGAGCAGCGGUGCCGCUUCUACUCCACGGCACAGAAAUUUGUCUGUCGGGUGAAGGUUCCGCCUGGCACCGAAGGCACCAAAGCCCUCGUGGUGUCUGUCUGCGUCAGCAGCCGCGCGGGGAGCAGCGCUGGGGAGGACCGCAUCAUCACCCUCAAUGGCAUCUUGAAGCCGGACCCCCCCCUGAACGUGACUGUGGAGGCGGUGGAACUUUCCCCACGGCGGCUGCGCGUGCGCUGGAGUUACCCCCCCUCCUGGGACCCCCGCUUCUAUUGGCUGCGCUUCCAGGUGCGCUACCGCCCCGAGCCGACCCCGACCUUCACCCAGGUGGACCAGGUGACACGGCUGUGGUUGGACAUCGGUGAUGCCUGGCGGGGCACCCGGCACGUGGUGCAGGUGAGGGCGCAGGAGGAGUUUGGGCACGGAGCGUGGAGCGAAUGGAGCCGGGAGGCGGUGGGCACCCCCUGGACAGAGCCCCGCGAUGUCACUGAGAUGGGACCAUACAGCUCACAGUUCCCUGCUGAGGAUGAUCCCUACGGCUAUGGGGCCACGCUGCCACCCGAGCUCUUCGGUGAUGACACCACUGAUGAUGCCGGGGGGGCCGUGCUGGAGGCUGCCGCCCACUCCCCCACGUCCCCCUAUGCCCUUCUGGUGGCGGGGGGCAGCCUGCUGCUGGCCAUUGCCCUCUGCUUCGCCAUAGGGAUGAGGUACAAGCAGAGAGCACAGGCGCAGCGGGGGGUGAAGGUGGGGGGGGGGAGCCAGCACCCAAUGGUUCCCCUUUGCCCCCCCGUCUCCCCGCUGAGCGCCGCCCCCCUGCUGCCGCCUGCCGCCCCCCCCGGGCCUCUUCAUGUCACCAAUUUGGAUUAUUUCCUCUCAGGAAAGUAACUGGGGGGGGGGGGGGGGGGGAGAGCGGUGCUGGCAGCUCUCCCACCCUCAGUCUGAGGCCUGGCUCAGGGUGCGCCCCCCUGCCACCCCCAUGCCCUCCCCCCCUGCACUGGGGGCAUCAACAUCCCUAUGGGGAUCCAGCCUGGGGGGGAGGGGGGGGGGGGGUGAUGCAGCUUCAGGGUCACGGCCAAGCUGGAAGCACUGGAGCGUGAGAAUGGGGUCGGAUUUGGUUCAGAGUGGCCACAGGGGAGGGGCUGAGCCCCCCCUUAAUGCCACG